CUGAGAUCUUAUGUAGGUGCCUUCGCUAGUUAGGCCUUCGCUAGUCGCCAUUUCUUUGGUUGGUAUGAUCUUUAGCGCCACUGUACUUAAUAUCUAGCUGUGAUCAUGGAUUGCAAUGACUUUCAUUGUAGUAGUAGUUUCACUCGAGUACUAGUACUAUGGAGGGUGAUCAUGAUGUCCGAAUGAAGUGCACUCUCUACUCCGAGUUGACUUGCUCUCCCCUCACUUGCUUCCCCCAAAGAAAAAAAGCUACCUACUCCCUGGCCCGUAUUUUUGCUGCACCAACUCCUCACAGGACUUCCAUCCUUGCUGUUGGUUCUUCUUCAUCUUGAGUCUUUAUUUUUUUACCCCGGUGUACGCCGAAUUCUCCUGUGUGGAAACAGACGGAAGCACUAAUCUGUUGACAAAAGUAGGAGCGCGUAAGUUUUACUAGUUGAGAUUAUGAGAAAAAUACACCGACAAAACCAUUGGCCUUUGGAAUUUUGAAAAAGUUUUUUACAUCGAAAUGGGCGAGGACAGCAGUCCGGCUCCCCGAUCGCCGGGGGAAGCAGGCGAAAAUCCGCCAGAAGACGAACAACGACAGCAGGAACAAAAAGUGGAACAAAAAAUACAAGACGGAGAGAAGCAGGACGCGGGAGCUGUUUCCGAACACCACGCGGACCAAAAAAAACAAAAAGAGCCAGGACCAGUAGAGAAAAGCGACAAAGAGCCCGAAGCCCCUCCCUCCCCCGUGGCAGAAGACGCAGCGGCGCGCGCACUCGGCCCACCCCCGAACAUGCCGAGCGCGGAAGAGAUCGCCGAGGCGCUCCGGUAUAGCGACCCCGUCAAGAGAGCGCAAAACGAGGCCGCGGCGGUGUGCACGCUGGAGGCGGUUGCGCUCGAAUUCGCGGCACACCUCGGGCCCCCGGCCCCCACGAACGAAGCAGAGACCAGGAAGUUCACGGACGGGCUUCGCGACUGGUGCCGCAAGGACGAGCAGGCUGGCGUCGUUCCGAAGCGAAAAGAUGGAAAAGUAACCUGGCAGUGGCCGAAGGGGACGGACCUGGACACGGUCCGGCAGUUGGUGGCGCAGAAGUACAUCACCAAGCGAAAGCGGGCGCAGGUCGUGGACUACAAGCCAAAAUUCCAAAAAAGGAAGAAGAACCAGGCGGACCAGGCCGCAGCCGCACCUGGGGAGCCGCCGCAGAAGAAGCAGAAGGCUGCAGAAGGGGGGUCGGGCGGUGGCCCGCCGGCGGCUCCAGCUGGAGAAAAAAAGCCUGUGAAGGGGAAGGCGAAAAAAGAAAAAAAGGCCGCGCCCGUGAAAAAAGAACCGAAGCCGAAGCAGGCGAUGAAAAAGAAGGCGCCCGGGAUAUCACGAUGAAAAGCGCCCCGGCCCCAGAGCCGCAGCCGAAGUGUUUACCAGGCAAAGCUCCACCAACUGGGCUGGAGCUUUUUCUUUGUUGCAUAAAGGAAGGCCGGCGCGUUUCGUUUCAGAACGGACGCGAGCCGCGCCGCUCCAGCAGGGCAGUCCCCAUUUUGUUGUGCGAGUGUGCGGCUAAGAUUUUCUCUACGCCGCGUUGCGAAUUAGUGAUGCUGCAACAUUCGGUAUGGCGGGUGUUUCCGGUUUGGGUUUUUGAAUAGCAAACAUGUCUCCGCUCUGGGGCACUGGGGGCACUUUUCCAUGUGAUAGGGGAAGGCGAAGGUGGCGGGGAAGGUCGCUGGGAAGGAUGGCGCCCCGGCCUCGUCUUCCAGUGACAGCGACAGCUCCUCAGACUCCGACAGUGACGACGACCCACAGGCGCGCCAGAAGGAAGAACAAAGGCGCAGGCAGAUGGAGCUGGUGUGGCGGCGCGAUCGGGUUCCGUUGAUCGAAAAGGCGAACAACGCGCUGACGGCGGCCAGGGAGGAAGCGAAGCGGGAACAUCCCAAGGAGAAGAGCGACCACUCGGCGUAUUUCCACGCGCAGCCCGAUCAGGUCCUCCCCGUCAAGGUUUCCUACUCCUACAAGGAGGCCAACUUUUCGGGCGCGGCUACCCCGGCAACCUUGCAUCCCUCGAGCUCGGUGCCCCCCGUGAACGCGACUAGGAGUACUGGCGAGCAAGAGGAGCAGGAAGAACCUUCUCCAGAAAACGCGACGACACCUGCGCCGGUGGUCUGGGACAAUGUCGACGUACAGGAGAACAUCACCUACCGCUUUAUCAGUGACCCCAUGUUAAUGAAGGCCGGAGGAAGCCGCUACCGCUGCGCGACUUUGGGCAAGGGGAUGUAUGGCAUAGUCUACAAGGCCUGGCGCUCCGUCGAAGCGGCCCCGCAGGAUUCGGAGAAACCGAGCAACUGGACCCAGGUCGCGCUAAAGUCAUCGCGGCAAAUGAACGACCCGGAAUCCGUAUCGGAUGCGGAGAGCACUAAACUAGCAAGGUUCUGCUAGCCGCGGAGGGGCCCCGAAAGGCCGCGGAGGGGUUUGGCUCUGGCAGUGGGGGAAAUAAAGGAAGAGGCGAGGUGCCUGCGCCACGCUUUUUUUGUAAUGCCCUUCUAGAUUUUGAAUUUGGUCUGGUUUUGACUAUGUAUGGGCUUUCUUUUUUCCCUUCAUGUGUGUUGGAACUAAUGCCGAAAAUGUGGCCUGUGCUUGCAAUUUGCUAGUGGUAGUGUAUCUCCAAUCCAUAGUCUGGCUGGGGUAGCAAAAGCGGCUCGUUCAUCGCGAACAGUAUCAUGCGAAAAAAAGCCACCAUGUGUGCCGUAGGCCUAAUCCGCUCCGUCUACCUAUGUAUGUUCCCUGCAUGGUAUUUGAGAUGUAAAAGCAGACAGGAAAAUCCUGUGCGGAUAGUUUCUGAAUUUUGCAUGUGCUUCCAUUGCACUUCUUUCGUCUUGACCCCAUUACAGAGUUCAGUCCGAUGUGCUGAGCACGUGCUGGCCUUCUUUUCCUCCGGGACAAUCCAAGUGAAAAAGGAGCAGCGGUACCUGGAGGAGCUACAUACCGCGAGCAGGAUGUACUCCGUGCACUACGACAACUGGAAGGGCCGCAUGGUAGACAGGCUGCAGGGCAAGCUGGAAAAGAUUUUGGACGCAGCUGCCCCUGCCAGCGGAGAACCGCAGGCCGCCACGGAGCUCUCCGAAGACCAGAGAUGGAACUACUGGGACACUUCGCAGAAGUUGGAUUUUCUGCAAAAACACCAGAAGAAAGACACGGCCCGGCUCCUGAUGAUGUUCCACGGUUACCUCCUGUAAAAGUACCUAUGAUCAUCGCACUACCUGGACCAAUUGCAACAAAGAACGAGGACGACUCAUGCAACACAAACCGAACGCCUGUUAGUUUCUUCGUAGUAAGUGUAAGUUCCAGUUUCCAUCAUGCACAUGUUCUACAAAUUUCGUUUUUGCAGCUGUUUGAGAUACAAACGCAGUGGAAAUCUGCCGCGUAAGAAAGCAUUCGAAUUCCUGGUAGCGCGAUGGGGUUCGUUUUGCAGUGCAUGGCGGCGCGGAAUGCUUCGAACAUGAGGGCCACAUCUUCCAGGUGUUCGAGCUCGGGCACGGAAAUAUGCAGUUUUUGCGGGAGAGAUAUAACGACCUGGUGAAGGAGGAGCUCUGGCGGAACACGGGCCAGAAGGCGCUGGCGGGCAAAGUGAACAUGGGCACCGGGCACUACGAGCCGUACGAAAAGAAUCUGAGCACCCUGAUCAACCAGUACGAGCCAAGACCGCAGGGGGAGGGCGUCCGGCCGGAAAACAAGCGCAUCGGGCUCCCCGUCCACCUCGCCGGCCGUCUUUGCUACCACGUGCUGCAGGGCCUGCGGUGGUUGAGGCACAUUGGGUACAUGCACACGGACUUGAAGCCCGACAACGUGAUGAUCCACCUGGACCCGGAACGAGUGAAAAUGGUGCGGACGCUCGCCGACCACCAGGACGAGAUGAACCGGCAGAGAAUUCUUUUUCCGGCCUCCUACGACCCGGUCGUGCACGACAACCAGCGCGUCUUGAGCGGCAACGAAAAGAUGGAAGCCGCCCUGCGCGCGAAGGAGGACCAACUGCGCAGGGAGCGUUUCUUCACCGGUAUGCACGGGCUGAGACCCAAAGACGUGGAAGGCUACAUCCUCGCCUGCACCGCGAAGUUGGCCGACCUGGGCGAGAUCAAGAAAGCGCCACUGGAGAACGCGCGAUCGCUAUUGAGAGGAAAAAUCCCCCCACCCCCGAACUUGGGAGCAUUUGUAUUGCAAACCUUUCCAAAUGAAACAUUCGCCUUCUUGCAUCUAUCAGCAUCACAGGUUUCCAAUCGUGAAUAGCAAAAAUUUGCAUUGCAAAAGACCCCAGCAAGAGCGGCGGCAGUCAUGCAAGCGAUGCGAUCCACGCCUAGACUCUGCAUCACAAAGAUUCAUACUCCUUUCAUGCAUGACAAAAAGUUUUCAUUUGGAAACUGCGCACCACAAAUACUUGCAAUUUCAGGGGUGGGGGGCACUUUUCAUUGUGAUAAUCGCAGCACAUCUCGCCUCCCUGGUACCGGGCGCCGGAGAUCUGGAUGGGGGACUGGCCGCUAAUAUGAAAUGUAAAAAUGUCUGGGUCUGGAAGAAUUCACGUUUGUCAUGCUUGUCUGGCAUAACUCUUAAAUCUGUCAUGCACGUUACCCAAGAGCUCCGCGUUUCUGUGAUGCAGAAGCGCAGUUUGUCAUGCAGAAUAGGCAACACCCAGGAGCUCAGAAACUUGUCAUGCUGAGCCAGCAUUUGUGGCCGCCUCAUGAUACGCCAACCAGCAUGACAAGUUUCUAGACCCAGACAUUUUUACAUUUGAUAGCCAACCCCGGCCGUCGACAUGUGGUCCUUCGCCGUGCUGUCCUUUGAGACCUUCGUGGGUGGCCACAAGCUCUUCCCGAGCUACACGCGGACGCUGGACCCGCGGCGGGAGAAGUUGGGGGAAAACCGGGCGGCGCGGGUGCACAUCGACAUGGUGCUGCAGGUCGUCGGCCCCUGUCCGCGGUACCUCGUGACGCGCGCGGAGGCCGCCUACUAUCGGACGUUUUACGAGACCGACCCGGCGACGGGCGCGCGGAAGUUGAAGAACAAGAGUGGCAAAGUGCCGGAUUGCUUGGUCCGGAGACUUUUUUCCCUUUCGGCAACGGACCAGAGGGACACGCACCACCUGCUCAAGCUGUACGCGCAGCACACGUUCAACGACCUCGACCCGCCAGACUUGGCGCACCAAGCCGACUAUGCAUUUUUGCAAAUUUGAGGUUCGGCGAUCAGGAAGAGUGCACCUUGUGAUGCUGCAUUUUUUGGAUUCUCAGAUACAACAGGAGCCUGUUGUAUUGCAUAUGAAGCGAGACCGAGGGGAGUCAGUCCACUUUUUUCAGUACGCGGAGAAGGCACUUCUACUCAUGUGGAACAGGCAUCAAGACCAAGACACGACCAAGAGUUUUUCAGAAAUUUAUGAUGCUAGGGGACGCACCACAGACAGCACGGGUCAUGCAAAAUGUUCAUGACAAACGUUGCACUCUUUCAGACCCAGUAGACACAUUUUUUGCAAUGCAUACCGACGGCCCGCCCGACACGGUUUCCUACCCAGAUAAAAAAGUAGGUUUGAAAAUGGCGAGGAAUUUCCAGCGGCAGGACAACCUCUUUGACAUUGAUUUUACCCCGUGGAAAAGACGCGGUCCGCGAGCUCCAAGAACUGCUGGGGUCAUGCUGCUGCUUUUUGUUUCGUUUCUUAUGCAUUUUUUCCCUUUUCCUCUCUCUGCUGCUUGGGAAACUGGUGGCGCAGCACAUAAGUUUGGGCACUUGUUGUGUGGUGAAGUUGCAUGAAACCACCCACAAUUAUUUGUGCCACGCGAGCGUGCAGCAGACAGGAAGAUUUUUUGGCCCGCUUGUAGUCUUCGGAAUAGAGAGCUAGCUGUGUUUUGAAAGUUAGUUGUAGUCCUCGAGAGCAGUCAUCUUUUUCACGAGAAUAGAAAGCAAAACCCCCCACCCCAACAACGGCAGAAAGUACGAACGGAAAUUGGCUGUCCCGCUAAGCUUGGCGCGGCGGAUGUACGUCGAGAAGGGAACCGAGGCCGAAGUAAAAGCAUCCGACGUGCUGUAUGCCACCGAAAAAAGCUAGCAGGCGGCAUUUGUAAAGUGCAAAAAUAAAGAACAAACGCACAGCAAAGUCUGCCAUGGGCGAGCCCGUAGCAUGCUGUUUACAAUUUGCAGUAGAGAUAAAUUUCUCUGUGGGUUUCCUUGCGUUUACAAAUAUGCCCAGCACCGGCCAGCUUUUAUCUGUGUGAUAUGCUACGGGAGCGGGUGUUCUACCGGGGUAGUGUGACGCGCAGGGCGCAAGGUGAUAACCGCCUACAGGAGGUACUGGAAAAGUGGCAAUUUCAACCGUGGUCGAUCGGGUGCAGGCAUGAGCUCGACGCUGACUCCGAUUUUUCGCGCGCCCCCAACGCGGAGCACCUGCCGGCCAGUGAGUCUUUCUACAGCAGCAAGGAGGCGGAGUUGCUCCUGUGCGAGCACUCUCGGCUGAUCAAAACGGCGGACGCGGACGCGGAAGAUGGCUCGGAGGGGGUGCAGGAAGUCCGGAACCCGGGCACCGAGGGACGACGAGAUGAAACCAAAGGAAACGACGACGGCAGUGGGCAAGAACUACUACCUGAGGUCGACGCUCUACUGGAGCAACAGAAAGAACAGGACCCCGUCCUCGAAGCGGAAAACGAGGAAAAUGCGCCGGCCGGGGAGGAAAAUGGCGGCGAAAAAACGAAUGACGGCAAGAAAAACGAAACCGAGGACAGCCCGGAUGCCGGUGGCGAGUCUUCCUCAAGUUCUUCCAGUUCUUCGUCAUCUGGGUCGAGCAGUGCGGACGACGACGACGAGGUAAAGAGCGAAGACGGGGAGGGACAUCAGGGGAACAAGAAGGCGCGCAGCAGUGAAGAGGAGAAAAGCAAGGGCGGCAACGUGGGUUCUCGUGGGGGCGCAGAAGAGCAGGCAGCUGACGUUGAGAUGGAGGACGCGCCAGGCGCGUUGUCGGGUCUCCGCGUACUAGCGAAAAAUACAGGAAUUGCUACAGGUGCGACCACAUCCGGAGCCGCUGCUGCCCCUGCUGGUAAAAGCGUGCCCGAAAUAAAAACAGUGGCAGAAGCGGAACUAGUUGCAGACCCCACGACGACGGCGGCGCUCGGGGAACGAACGCCCGCGGCUCUGUCCGGCGGCGGCACCACGACUUUUCCGCCGAACGGCAGCGACAACAACCAGGAACUGCAGCAGAAAAAGAAGAGCACCAGGCCGCCACCGGAAAAACCACCGGCGCAAGCGGCGACCAGGUUACGUGCGGAAAAAAGGAACUGUCGCGAUUGCUGAUUAUUUACCCUUUGCCGUGGUCGUGCUGAGGGUCGUUGUCCUUGUGCUUGGUCAUGAUGGUGAUGCAUUCAGAAAAAAUCUAUGCAGCUGCCGCUAUUUUUUAUGAAAAUCACGAGCAAGCAAGUGGUAAAGCCGAACAAGUUCUACUCGCCCAGAAAGAGAGAUUCGUCGCACCGCGUCCCCCCACAGCAACCGGUGAUGGUCACCUAUUUUUCCCUCUCCAUAUCCGCCCGAGGGAAUUUCUUUGGAGCGGGUGCGGGUCAAUCUGAAGGCGAAGUUGCAGAUUGAGUACAAUGAUUUGACGUGGAAGAUGCUGAAACUUGACAAGGAGAAACGCAUCACGCCGGACGCAGCGCUACGGCACGAGUUCUUUCGUACUCUGGCAAACGUGCAUCCGCGACUGUUUGACUAAGUAGAUCGGGAGACUGAAAGUACAACUACAACUCGUGCAUCUUCUACUUGCGUCGAGAAGAUGAGCCAGCCCUGGUGGAGGAGUGUCUGUGCAGCUGAAAAUGAUCGACAGAAGUCACUUUGUUCACCUUGACUGCUUUUUAGUCGACGCGCUACAGACUCAAGAACUUUUCACGCGCAACGGAAAAGAGCCACAAGAACAGGCGUAGAGCGAAAAGUAGAAUUUUUCAAAACUAAUGUCAAAAGUUUUUACCAACCUCCACCGACUCUUCUAUAUUGAUGAAGGUAGUAAAAGAGGUAGGGAUCAUGGCAUAGGCAUUCAAAUUUUUUUGUAACAUCAACCUUCUGGUGCUCAAGCAUCGACAGUAGAAUCCUGGCGUCAAUACUCACCAGCAGUCUCGGUAGAGAUAUGCAAUGUCAUCAAGAAACUUCUAUAAAGUACCCGAUUUAUCACGAAAGAGCGUGACCAAAAACCUAAGCAAAAGUAAUUGCGUUUUCGCAACAGCGAAGAAGGCGACCAAGGAUUGAUUAUAAAGUGAUACGCAAU